AUGUCGAAUUCCGGUCAAGCUUCGUCUUCCAAGCCGCUGAAUAUCCCGAAUCAGUCGACCUCUGCGACAUACCAUCACCCCUCAUCUUCGGUUGACGCCGGAUAUCAGCGACGACCAGGAAAUUCUGGCAGCUUUGGAGCAGGAUUGUCGUCGAGAAAUUCAAACAAUCCAAGGAACAAUCAAUUUCGGAAGAAUCAGCAUAGACGCCAACGUCCUCGGUUGUUGGAUGACGAUGAGUAUAGUGAGGCUGCUGUCAUGAAGUCGACAACGAGUCGUAAGGGGCAAACCUCCAUUACCCAUUUGAUGAACUUUUCCCUUCCCCCUCGCCCUCAGUAUCAACCUCCCCCACGCACUCGUCGCCAAUAUCGGACAUGGGGCCUGGGCUCCGGAUAUCAUGCAGUAGAUAAAGCGCACUACGUCCAUGCAAAUUAUCGAUUUAUUGUGGCCCCAAAUCGAACUUACAGUGCACAAGCGGCCAAUGCAGACGUUCACUUGGAUUGGGAUUCGGUUCUUCAGGUCCUAGUAUGGUCUCAAACUCAAUCCGCUAGCUGUCCGAUCUGUCUAUCCAACCCGGUAGCGCCGCGAAUGGCUCGGUGCGGUCAUAUAUUUUGUCUUCCGUGCCUAAUUCGUUACAUGCAUGCGGCUGAUGAGGAGAACCCGGCCCCCGAGAAAAAGGCUCGCUGGAAGAAGUGUCCUAUCUGUUAUGAUUCGAUCUACGUAUCUGAGACUCGUCCGGUCCGGUGGUUCAGUGGCCAGGAAGGGGAUCUUCCAAUCGACGGUGGCGACGUCGUAUUGAGACUUAUGAAAAGAGAAACCAGCAAUACUCUAGCACUACCACGCGAUGGCGCUGAAGGUCUGGGCCCGGAGGAAGACAUCCCUUGGUUUCAUGCCGCGGAGGUUAUAGAUUAUGCUCGGAUGAUGAAGGGAGGCGAAGACUACAUGGCUUCACAAUAUGAUGCGGAGAUUGGGGAUCUCCGUAGACAGGAGGUUGAAGAUGAGCUUUUGUUCGGAGAUGAGACGACCUGGACUCAGAAAGCGAUCUCCGCCAUAACGGACUCUAGGGAGAAACUUCGAGGCAUAGGGAACCCGCCGGACAUUUCGCGACAGCCGGCGGCAAAGAAACCUGUUCGGGAGCCAAUUGCGGUUGGACCGCCGCCUGACGAAGUUGCCGUAAUGUAUGCGGCCCAGCAUGCCACGAAGUCCGGUCAGAGCUUUUCAGCAGACCCAAUUGCAUCAUCAAGUACACGAAAUACAUCUGAUGGUGUAGAGAAUUUGACAGAAUCGGUGGAUAAUAUUAAUCUGAAUUCAGCAUCGGUCAAGUCGAAACAGAAGAUGCCGGAAAAAUACGCAACACAAUCCUCAUCCGAUCAUCCGUUUUACUUCUAUCAGGCGCUUCCUCAAUUCUACCUGUCUCCCCUUGAUAUUCGCAUUCUCAAAGCUGCCUUCGGUGACUAUUCGCUGUUCCCUGCGACUAUCUUACCCCGAGUGGAGCAUAUUUCGACCGGGCAUGUCGUUGACGAUGAAUUACGGAAACGAGUUAAAUACCUUGGCCAUCUUCCACACGGAUGUGAAGUGAAUUUCCUAGAAUGUGACUGGAGGGACGUGGUAGUGCCCGAGGUCCUGGAAAGUUUCCGCCCAGAGAUCGAGAGAAGGCGAAAACGCAAUAAGGAUAAAGAGAUUCGGGAGGAAAAGGACCGGAUUCGUGCUGAGAGAGAGGAGGAUGAAAAGCGCUGGUCCGCUGUACGCCGUAAGAGGCCGAGUUUUGGCACUAUCAACGAACCCCCCUUCUUGGAUCGUGACUUCCAACCGUUGGCCAGCAGUGUCAAUGACUCCCCGCUGUUUGACAUGGGCACGUCUUCUGCUUCCCCUCCUCAAGCAUCAUCCGGAUUUGGAGCUUUGGCCUCUCCUGCCACCAGUCCCCCGGGUGCUCGCACGGUCUGGGGAACAGCGGCUAUCCCAUCAUCGGAGCCACAGGACUCGCAGGCUGGAGCUUCUCAAGAUGGAUGGCUUCAGGGCUGGGAAGAUGAGCUUCUAGCUCAACAGGAGAGUGAAUUGAUUGCUCAAACCGCAGCUGCAGCGGAGGGCAACAAUGCUUCAUCGUCCGGUGGCGGCAAGAAAAAGAAGAACAAGAAGAUUACACUUAUGUCGACAAAUGUCCGGCGAGGAGCGUGA